AAGCUCAUUCAGUCGUGCUGUAUACUGCCACCCAUUCAGUAACAUUAUAUAGAGCCAUACAGUCAAUUGUGAUUUUGAGUUUGAUAUAAUUCAAAUUUUGGUUUUUGUUUUAAAAAUAAACUAAUCAAUUCGCUCAAAGCUAUUUGGUCUCAGAGAUUGCUGGAAAUUUUUUUUUUAUGAAUUUAAUUAACGGGAAUAGAUCGAAGUGCAUUCUGUUCGCCGUUUGACGAAUGAAAUAUUUAUUAAAAGAAUCCGCAAAGGAAGUUAUUGAAUGACAUUUUUUGUGUCGAUGAAUGAAAUUGUUGAACAAAGCGAACUGAAGAGAAAAAUUUUCCGUUGCGGACUUCAAUAAAAUAAAGACGACGAGUCCUACACCACAUUCACCAAGUCUGAAAGGUAUCGCCACAAAACAACUACAAUGAAUAAACUAUGCAGACAGGUAUCCAUCGAGUCGCCCAGUCUAAAAGACUGCGUCUUCAACACUGUCGAAGUACCACAAACACCUCUAAAUGGCGCACGAAUCAAAGUCGUUUAUGCCGGCGCCUGUUAUCAACGUCAAAGAACACCAUCGCUCUCCAGUACCACCAGUCUGUCGUCCGAAAUUAGCGAUUAUACGCCGCAACCAACAUCGCCAGCACAUCAGGGCAUUCGUGAUGCUGCACUUUUUCCCGGCUUUGAAGUAGCCGGAAUAAUUGACGAAUUGGGUGCCAAUGUUGGCAUCAGCAGCGAUUUUCGUAUCGGUCAACGGGUAAUUUUGUAUCCAUUCGAAGAUCUACCUGCAGGCUAUGCGGAAUACAUUGUGGUGCCCGAAUUGAAAUAUCUAAUUGUCGUGCCAGACGAAUUGAAAUUAAGCGUUGCGGCGAUGUUACCGACCGGAGCUUUAUUGGCAAUGAAUACGAUCUUGGAAGCCAGUCAAGCCGUUACGAAAUUAUUCGAACAGAACGCACCCGACUACGUUUGCAAGAUAUUGAUCGUUGGAACGGGUGGAUUGGCCUUGUGGGCGGUUCGUCUAGCCGCACACAGUUUCUCCAUACAUGACCGUAAUUCACGCGUGAAGAUAACAAUGGCAUGUUUGAAAGACGAAGGAUUCAAAUUGGCGAAUGAAUUGGAUGACAUCAAAGUGGUUCAAUGGAGUGAAGAUUUAUACGAAACACAACUAAUAGAACGCACAAAGGAUGCAUGUGACGGAGAAGUCGACAUUGUCAUCGACUUUGGCUCCACAUCCCGAAGUCUCAACAGAUCUCUACAAUGUUUGCAAGAGGGCGGUGUAGUAUUUAUAAGCAAGGAACUAGCCGAACAUUAUAUCCCAAAGUUUUGGAAAAAAGCCGGUGAUAAGAAGCAAAAAAUUCAGGCUGUCGCCAAUGGAAGCAUAAAUCAGCUGAAAGAUUUGGUACAAUUGGUGGCAACGAAUCAGAUUGAACCUCCACCACAUCACGUAUAUCCAUUAGACCAAGCAUCAGAGGUCGUCCGGAAAUUAUGUGGAUCUGAGAUAGUUGGACGGGCAAUUUUGAAAUUCCAUGAUAUUGAGUAAAGUGCAGAGAUUUUCAAUUAACAAUAACGUAAUAAUAACUAGACACAUUAAUGACACAGACACACUUAAACGGGAGGGACUCUAUCACAUUAAAACAUAUUUUGAAUAGUUUUCAGUUUGUUCUUGAAUUACAUUGUUGGGAAAACGUCAAAUGUUCUGAGUAUCAUUAACAUCCCAGUUCGAUUUUCUAUCAAAACAAAAAUUUUGUUAUCUCUCUGUUCGUCGGUUUUUUUUUUAUGUUGUUUCUAUGAUUUGAAAGUUUAUUUUGUAAGGAAAAUUGAUUUUAAAAUUGUGAAGGUUUUUCAAACCGCCUUAGUUUAGACAGUAAUUGAUAAGAUUUUGUUAAAAAAAAAGAAGAAGAGUAUUUAUUAGAUGAUAACGGAUGACGAGAUCAAGGGAUUUCCUUUAGACUGUCUGUCUGGAAAGUGAUUUCAUUUUCACAUUAAAACCAAAGAUAAUUUUUAUUUUGUUUAAUUUCUGUGGUAACAAAACAAAAAAUUAAAAUUUUAAUUGUAAAAUGCUUUUAUAAAUAAGAUUGUAGAGAUGUCAAAGGUGACGUAUACAAGCAAAGCAUAUUAAAAAUAAAAAUUACCUAAAAAUGA